CCGAAUAUAACAUGUGAAUACGGUAGUCGACGCCAACUGUCGGGGGCGUAGGACGUGAUUUGUUUUCAGCUCGUUUUUAUUAUUCGUUGCUGUUCGGCCGUACGCACGCACACGCGUUCCAAACACAUAAUAUUAUUAUUGCCAUCAUUACAAUCGUGUCUUCGUCUCCGUCGUCGUCGACUGCUUGUUAACGGUGUUUUCGAAGCGGCCGAGAGGAGAGAUGUGCUUUUGAGAUCUCAAAAAACAAUCCAGAUUUCCUGAGAAUUGGUGGUAUAAUGGAUACGGCAAUGGACAACCCAUCUUAUUUUGCGUUGAACCAAGGGUUACGGAGGGUUGUCCCGCUGGUUGAUAGGCAGAGGAUGGCCAGGAACAAAACAGAGACGGGAUCGAUGGGCAGGACCAGAAAGACAGAUAGGAGCGGUAACAAGUGCCUAACGAGGUCUUUUAGCGCUAACAUUGAAGAAGCCAGAUUACUGGUGAUGGGACAACCUAGGCCAGCAGACGUAGCACCAUCAGUUAAGCACAGGAGACACGCUAGCACCGGUCACAAGGAUUCGCUACAACACGAUUUAGUUCACUGUGAUUUACAACCAGACGGUGACGUAUUCUUCAGUAGCAGUGGUGACGUACGGUACAGCAACCUGAAAUCGACAGUUCGAGGGGGACGAAGACACUCAAUAAGCUCGUUUGGAAACUAUUCCAGCAGGCGCCCGUUAAGUGACUGCAUGGCGAAAGCUCCUCGAGUAGGCGACCUCAAAGGCAUGAAAUCCGACAGUUUGGACAUCGUUAUCGUCUCGAGCGGCGACAGCGAAGCCGCUAUGAUGUGGAUUAAUUUCCUCAUUCAGUGUUUUCAACAUUUCAAUCAAAAGGAAAACAAAUCACAAUACAGAAUUCAAAGAGUGAGAUUAGAAGAUGUGUUGUCUGAUGUAAUGUCAGCACCACGCCAGGAACGGUGUAGUCAAGCCCGGCUACAGAUUGUACUGGUUUGUCCGAUAUUUUUAGAACGAGUGCUCGCACAUACUGGUCGUUCUGAUUGUCUAAGUGCAUUGCUGCAAACCAAUCGUAUGUUGGCUUUAUUGGUUGGUGUUUCAGAAACCGAUGUAACUGAUCAACACAAGACCGUACUGGUGGACUACGACAAGUGGAGAAAAAUGGCCGUGAAAGAUCAAGAUCGAGAAUCUGUUGGUGAUUUUUACGGAGUGUCUAUGGAUAUUCUUAGUAAAUCGAUGCAUAUUCAACAGGCAAUUAGUAUACCCGAAGAGGAUACAAAAUUCUCCAUUACUCCCAAAAAGAUAAAAAUUGGUCAAAAUAAACUCAUCGUUUUAUUAUCAGAGCCAUUAAUAUCGGAAGACAAUGUUGUAAUCACUGUAGACAAAAACGGACACAAAAUAGAAGUGACAAACGUGACAAGAAGAAAUCCGUAUACGCUACAAUUUAAAAUGCCGCUGAGUUGUUUACAAGUAUCUGUCUUGGUAAACGUUAUCGUUGAAAAAAAUGGUCAGCCGUUGGGCCAACGUUCGGUGAAGUGCGAGAGCCGCAUGAGAGAACUAGAUCAAUUAAUACGUUCGUUGGACAAUCCAUUAAAUUUUUUGUGCCAAACGUUUGGCUUGAACCCCGUCGAUAGAGAGCAAUUAGAUUUGUUUUUGGUCACGGCUUAUGUGAAAAAUGUUCCGCCCAAUUUCCAUUUACUUCAACCCGCUGGAUCUCGAUUCCAAUAUUGUCACGAGGAAUAUCCGACCAUGUUGCACUUUGCCGCCAAACACGGGCUGGAGAAACUGUCGUGGCACUUGCUGGAGAGCCCGGGCGGCGAACAGGCGUGUCAGCUGCGGAACGCGUCGCAGAUGACUCCCGCGGACGUGGCCGAGGCGUCCAACCACCAAAAGCUCGCCCAGGCGCUGCGGGCGUACGUGCAAAUGACCGAGCUGACCAGCAUGUACAGCAUACUCAAAGGCAUAUCGGACGGACACCACCACCAGCAGCCGGCUGGCGGCGACGACCCGGACGCCAACUACAUGCUGCCACGGCCUCUCAACGACAGCUAUCUGGUGCCGCCCGCGCCCAGGCCGGUGGCCGAGCAGCCGACUACUGCGGUCCAUCCGCAGCAGCAGCAGAACCACGGUUACACGAACGUGGGCUCGCCGCUCACGUCCAACGCGACCAUGUUCAACUAUCAGAUACCUCCGCCGCCGCAGUCCAUUUUCGCCACCAAUUACCAGGUGCCCACCAACGGCCGGCCGUACAGUCCGGCGGGCGGUUCGUGGUCCCCCACCCAUUCGGCGGUGCCUUCCUCGCCCGUCGACCCGGCCCCGUCGCCGUUGGGUUACUUGGAAAUGAGCUCCAACAGUCUGGGAUCUGCCAAUUAUUUGCGAGGAAAUCUAUCGUUAAACGAUAGUAUCAUUAACAAAUCAACUGGCAAUAGAUCUAACGAUUUUUCGAUUUCUAGUUCUCGUGGCAGUAAUCAAAUGUUAUCUACGCCUCAAGAUGAGCUAUUGGAAAUUAUACACGAUUUCAAAAAUAACGUUCUAACCAUUAACGAGGUGGAAAAUCUAGUCGAAACGUGGAAAAACCGAAAUGACGUGCAACAGUCUUUCAAAGAGAAACAGGAGCAAUUAAAUCAAAUGAGAAAUGAAUAUGAUCGAAUACAACAACGGAUGAAAGAUCAAUUGAAACGACCUACUCCGUUCGAUCGCAUCAAAAAAUUCUUUGGCAAAAACAAAUCAAAACAUUCUGAAAUUUCACAAGAAAACUUGACGAAAAGAAGUGGUUCAGAACAUCAUUCUAAAAGACCAUCUAGUAGUCUUAGUCUACAAAGUUCAAGCAGUUCUACUUCUUGUGGUCGAUCUAGUACUGUAAGCACAAGCAGCGUGAACGACAACCAUACAAUCCAACAGGAUAUCUUGGACGACGGAAAGCCUUUGAAGUCGUCUUUCUCGUACUUCGAUCAGCCACAUUCGUUCUCGACGUUCCUUCAGCAGAGCAGCAAAGCGACUGUCGACUUCGCGGGUCACGAUUACGGCAACGUCGUGUACUCACCCGUGGGUUCAGCGACCGCUGAAACUAUCAUGGAAGAGGAAAUUGAUAUGCCGUCUUGUAACGCUUCCCAGGCGCUUGGCGCUUCAGCCCUCCGGUGCAUGACCGGAAUCGCUUGCACGAUCGCCACUUCACCUACGACGGCUGAGAAGUCCGAACACGACGAGGCAGCCGGAUUUGAGCAGUCUUAUAGCGGAGGUGGCGGCGGUGGCUCUGUUAGCGGUGCCGAUUUCGAAAACGUCGAAGACAAGGUGCAAAGGCUGUUCGACAACAUGCCGGACUACACGAACGUCACAGUUUCUGAUCAAAACUCUCGCAAAUACGCGCCAUUGCAGACGUAAACGCAAAAUCCGUGUACGGCUACUCGCCACCGAAUUAGUUUCGCAUCUUCCCAUAUGAAUCUAAUAUUUAUACUAUACCGUUAAUGGGUAUAAUAUAAUGAUGUAAAUAAUAUUAUAUUUUUGUUGUGCUGGACUAUGAGAUUUUAAGGAUCGAUAGUACAAUAUUUUCUAGCCUAUCGAAAUCUGUGUAUAUUGUAAUAUUAAUUACAAUACAUAUAAUAAGACAUGAUGAUUUAUAUAUUAAUUAAUAUUAAAAUAUGUUUAAAUAAGUUUUUACGAUACGUUUUAUACGUAACGGACUGGAUAGUGAUAAUAUAUUAUUAAAUAUUUUUAUACUGGUGACUAAGGUUAAUAACAUUUAAAAUUUGAGGUUAAACAUACUAGGCGUAAUACAUCCAGCAAAAAUGUGUAAAUAUGUGCGCGCUCCAAAAAUUAAAAAUUGAGCACUCUGAAGUUUGAACGUUGUAUAUCAUUUUAUUUGUGAACCUAUAAUAUUGUUA